CGCAGGCCCGCCCCGCCCCCGAACAUGGACAGACCGCUCCUCUGCCUGCUAGUCCUCGCCGCGUCCGUCCGGGCCAUGAUCUGUCCCAAGCGCUGUAUGUGCCAGAGCCUGUCUCCGUCGGUGACCGUCCUGUGCACCAAGACGGGCCUCCUUUUCGUGCCGCCCUCCCUGGACCGGCGCACGGCCGAGCUGCGCCUCAUGGAUAACUUCAUCACCGUCCUCCGCCGUCGCGACUUCGCCAACAUGACCAGCCUGCUGCACCUGACCCUGUCGCGCAACACCAUCAGCCAGAUCCUGCCGGGGGCCUUCGCCGACCUGCGCGGCCUGCGCGCCCUGCACCUGGACAGCAACCGGCUGACGGCCAUCGGGGACCAGCAGCUCCGCGGCCUGCCCAACCUGCGCCACCUGAUCCUCAGCAACAACCAGAUCAGCUCCAUCGCCCCGGGCGCCCUGGACGACUUCGUGGAGACCCUGGAGGACCUGGACCUGUCCUACAACAACCUGGAGGGGCUGCCCUGGGCCGCCGUGGGCCGCCUGGCCAACGUCAACACCGUCAGCCUGGACCACAACCUCAUCGCCCACGUGCCCCCCGGCGCCUUCGCCAACCUGCACAAGCUGGCGCGGCUGGACAUGACGUCCAACCGGCUGAAGACCAUCCCGCCGGACCCGCUGUUCCUGCGCAUCCCCGUGUACGCCAAGUCGCGGGGCUCCCCGCUGUCCUCCCUGGUGCUGGGCUUCGGGGGCAACCCCCUGCACUGCAACUGCGAGCUGCUCUGGCUGCGCCGCCUGACCCGCGAGGAUGACCUGGAGACCUGCGCCUCGCCCCCCGAGCUCAGCGGCAAAUACUUCUGGUCCAUCCGCGAGGAGGAGUUCGUCUGCGAGCCCCCCAUGAUCACUCACCGGACCCCGCGGCUGGCGGUGGCCGAGGGCCAGGCCGCGACGCUCAAGUGCAAGGCCGUGGGCGACCCGGACCCCUACGUGCGCUGGGUCUCGCCCGAGGGCAAGCUGGUCACCAACUCCUCCCGGACCGUCUCCUACUCCAACGGCACCCUGGACCUCCGCGGGGCGGGCGCCGCAGACCGGGGCACCUUCACCUGCAUCGCCUCCAACGCGGCCGGGGAGGCCACGGCCCCCGUCGAGCUGGUGGUCAACCCCGCGGCCCAGCUGGCCAACAGCACCAGCUGCGAGCGGGACGCCGAGCCGGGCGCCUCGGACAUCCUCACCCCGGCCAGGUCCGGCUUCGUCAACGACAGCGGGGCCCCGCCCGAGCGCCGGGUCCGGGUGGACCAGCUCACCUCGUCCUCCGCCCUGAUCCAGUGGCCCGCCCCGCGACCCCUCCCCGCCGGCAUCCGCAUGUAUCAGAUCCAGUACAACAGCUCGGCCGACGACAUCCUCGUCUACAGGAUGAUCCCGUCCAGCAGCCGUUCCUUCUUCCUGGGCGACCUGGCGGCGGGGCGGGACUACGACCUAUGCGUGCUGGCCGUGUACGACGACGGCGUGACGGCCCUCACGGCCACGCGCGUGGUGGGCUGCGUCCAGUUCACCACGGCCCCCGAGUACAAGCAGUGCCGCUCGCUCCACGCCCAGUUCCUGGGCGGCACCAUGAUCAUCGUCAUCGGUGGCAUCAUCGUGGCCUCCGUCCUCGUCUUCAUCUUCAUCCUGCUGGUCAAGUACAAGGUCUACGCGGGUGGCCAGGCCCCCAAGGCCAAAGCCAAGGCCAAAGUCAUCCACGUCUGCUCCCAGACCAACGGGGGCCAGGCCGGGCCCACCCCCGGCCAGACCGUGGUCCACCUGGACAGUGACCCCCGCGGGGGGGCUCUGGGGGCGGGACCCCAGCCCCCCCACGAACCUGGGGACCAAUAGCAGAAGGGGGGGUUGGGGCCGCUCCCCUCCACUUCCUCCCGACGCCCCUCGAGUGUCCCAGAGCGGGGUCCCCGGGCCCCCCAGGGACGCUCCUCUGUGGAUCCGUCGGACUCUCCCACUUCGGACCCCCAGUCUCUCCGCUCCAGGGGCCGGGAGUCGCCCACUGGAAUGGGGUGGGUCACACCCUGGACCUCUUGGGGGUUGAUGGGCGGAGGGGCAGAAAGCAGGGCCCUAGGGGUCCCGUCUGGGAUUUGACGUUCUCCCACACUGAGCUCUCGCCUAUUUUUAAGAUCGACCAUUUACA